AUGAGCUCAAAACAUCUGGAUCCUUUCUCUGCGGUUGGCGCCGGUACAAAGCACAAGCAAAUCCAGGAUGCAAAGGACAUGUACCAGGUGGUCGUUGACCGCGCCGCCAGAACAAACACUGCCGUUCCAGACUAUGAAUUCCUUGAACUCAUCGGAAAAGGAUCCUUUGGCAGAGUGUAUAAGUGGUGA